AUGGCGCUUACUUCUCAAGGAACAAAGAAAAAAGUGUGCUACUACUAUGACGGUGAUGUUGGAAAUUAUUACUAUGGUCAGGGCCACCCCAUGAAGCCCCACCGAAUCCGCAUGACACACAACCUGUUGCUCAACUAUGGCCUCUACAGAAAGAUGGAGAUAUAUCGUCCACACAAAGCCAGCGGAGAGGAGAUGACCAAGUAUCACAGUGACGAUUACAUCAAGUUUCUGCGUUCCAUCCGGCCAGACAACAUGUCAGAAUACAGCAAACAGAUGCAGAGAUUUAAUGUGGGGGAGGACUGCCCAGUGUUCGACGGCUUAUUCGAGUUCUGCCAGCUCUCUGCCGGGGGCUCUGUUGCCGGUGCUGUGAAGUUGAACAAACAGCAGACAGAUAUUGCGAUCAACUGGGCCGGAGGCCUGCACCAUGCCAAGAAAUCAGAGGCUUCUGGGUUUUGUUACGUCAACGACAUCGUCCUGGCCAUUCUGGAGUUGUUGAAAUACCACCAGAGAGUUCUGUACAUCGACAUUGACAUCCAUCAUGGGGAUGGUGUGGAGGAGGCCUUCUACACCACUGACCGUGUCAUGACUGUGUCCUUCCACAAGUACGGAGAGUACUUCCCAGGCACUGGCGACCUGAGGGAUAUUGGUGCCGGAAAGGGUAAAUAUUACGCUGUGAAUUAUCCUUUGAGGGAUGGGAUUGAUGACGAGUCAUAUGAAGCCAUCUUUAAACCUAUCAUGGCCAAGGUGAUGGAGAUGUACCAGCCCAGUGCCGUGGUCCUCCAGUGUGGCGCGGACUCUCUGUCAGGAGACAGGCUUGGUUGUUUCAACCUCACCAUUAAGGGCAAGUUGAUUACAACAUUAAUUUUCAAGUGCCAUGCCAAGUGUGUGGAGUACAUAAAGAGCUUCAACCUGCCGCUGUUGAUGCUGGGCGGCGGGGGCUACACCAUCCGUAAUGUGGCCCGCUGCUGGACAUACGAGACUGCCGUGGCCCUCGAUAGCUCCAUCCCUAAUGAGCUCCCGUACAACGACUACUUUGAGUACUUUGGACCAGACUUCAAGCUGCACAUCAGCCCCUCCAACAUGACCAACCAGAACACCAAUGACUACCUGGAGAAGAUCAAACAGCGCCUGUUCGAGAACCUGAGAAUGUUGCCUCAUGCCCCCGGGGUCCAGAUGCAGGCCAUCCCCGAAGACGCUGUGCAGGAGGACAGCGGGGAUGAGGAGGAGGACGAUCCCAACAAGCGGAUAUCCAUCCGCGCUCACGACAAGAGGAUAGCGUGUGAGGAAGAGUUUUCUGACUCUGAAGAUGAAGGCGAAGGCGGUCGCAGAAACGCAGCCAGCUUCAAGAAAGCAAAGCGAGCCAAAACCGAAGGAGAGAAAGAGGGAGAAGAAAAGGAGAAGAAAGGUGAGGAGGAACCACAAGAAGUAAAAGAAGAGGAGAAGGUGCCAGAGGAGGAGAAAAUGGACACCUCAAAGCCGAAAGAGGAGUCCAAGACACCCUAA